AUGAACGAUCUCCCCGUAGAUCCCGACAUCAAUGCGUUGGAGGCGAUUUCCAACUCGCCGCCGCGCCGGAAAACCCUCUACUACAGCCAGCAGCUGCGCACCACGACCGGAGGCAACCAGCCCCCCCACCACUCCAACCACCCCCGCAACCACAGCCUCGACGAGAUCGACAUCCUCGCCGCCGCCGCCUCCGACGAUUUCUACCGCUACCCCAUCACCACCGGAAGCUCUGGCGGCGCCACCGACAUGAUGGAUUACGUCGGCACGGCGGAUGGCGCCAACGGCUUCGAUGACUCUCAGCUCCUCCCCAACCAGCCCCUGCCGGAGUUCGUCGGCGGCGCCGGCGGCGCCGGCGUCUACAAGGCCCCCAUUCGAGCCGCGAUGCACCCCAACCGCCCUCCCUGCCUCGAGAUUCGGCCUCACCCUUUGCGGGAAUCUCAGGGGGGAAAAUCGAUAAAGACGAUUGCUAGCACAGACACACAGCUGUGGGCAGGGCAGGAUUCUGGUGUGAGAGUGUGGAAGUAUUCAGACACAUUCGAUCCGGGGACUUUCACGGGGACAGCAGGGCGGAGGCUGCCCAGGGGAGACGAGGAGACAGCCACGUUUCACGAGUCAGCUAGUACGUCUCAAACACUCUCCUUGAUGGUUGAUGAAGGGAGUAAGUUGGUUUGGAGCGGACACAAGGACGGUAAGGUCCGUUCGUGGAAGAUGGAUCAGCAGUUCAGCGAUGGCAACGCCUUCAAGGAAGGCUUCUCUUGGCAAGCACAUAAAACCCCAGUUCUUUCCAUGACAAUAUCUUUUUAUGGCGAUAUAUGGACGGGCACAGAGGGCGGCGUGAUAAGGAUUUGGCCGUGGGAAGCUCUUGAGAAAUCUCUUGGACUAACGCAGGAGGAAAGACGAAUGGCUGCUCUGCUGGUGGAGAGAUCGGCUAUAGACUUGAGAGCGCAAGUCACAGUUAAUGGCGUGUGCAGCAUUUCAUCUUCGGAUGUGAAAUAUCUGUUAUCCGACAAUGUUAGAGCCAAGGUCUGGGCAGCCGGAUCUCAAACGUUUUCACUAUGGAACGCCCGGACAAGGGAGCUUCUGAAAGUAUUCAACAUAGAGGGUCAGAUUGAGAAUCGCGUAGACAUGCCAUCUCAAGAGCAGCCAGUUGAAGACGAGGUGAACGUGAAGUUAGUCUCCAAGGGGAAAAAGGACAAAUCACAGGGCUUCCUGCAGAGGUCGCGCAAUGCGCUGAUAGGCGCUGCUGAUGCUGUUCGUAGAGUAGCAAAGGGGGCGGGAGCGUUAGUGGAAGACAUGAAGAAGAUAGAAGCAAUGAUGAUUGCUCCAGACGGUGUAAUUUGGACGGGUUGCACGAAUGGAGUACUAAUCCUUUGGGACGGGAAUGGGAGCCGUGUGCAGGAUUUCACUCGGCACCCUGCUGCUGUGCAGAGCAUCUGCUCUCAUGGUUCGCGGAUAUGGGUUGGAUACGCAACGGGGCACAUCCAAAUACUAGACCUCGAAGGAAACCUAGUAACCGGUUGGGUUGCGCACAACGAGCCCAUUAUAAAGCUAGUCGUAGGACACGGGCAUCUCUUUAGUUUAGCCACACACGGUGGCAUUCGGGGGUGGAACAUAUCAUCUCCAGGGUCUACGGAUAGCACGUUGCGGAAAGAACUAUCGGAACGAUCGGACAUGUAUACGAGGCGGGACAAAGUGACCAUUAUGGUUGGGACAUGGAAUGUAAGCCAAGGUAGAGCUUCUCAAACGGCCCUCAAGUCGUGGUUGGGAUCUGCAGUCUCCGAUGUUGAUAUUGUCGUUGUCGGGCUGCAAGAAGUGGAGAUGGGCGCGGGUUUUCUUGCUAUGUCUGCAGCAAGAGAGACAGUAGGACUAGAAGGGAGCUCUGUGGGACAAUGGUGGCAAGAUCAUAUCGGCAAGGCUUUGGAUGAGAGAUCCAUCUUUGAACGUGUAGGCUCGAGGCAGUUGGCAGCCUUGCUCAUUGCGAUUUGGGUAAGAAAAACUAUCCGGCCCCAUGUCGGGGACUUGGAUGUUGCUGCUGUUGCAUGCGGUCUUGGCCGUGCAAUAGGAAAUAAGGGAGGUGUAGGAUUGAGGUUGAGAGUGUAUGACCGGCUAAUCUGUUUCGUGAAUUGUCAUUUUGCUGCACAUUUAGAAGCAGUAAACAAACGGAAUGCUGAUUUCGAUCAUAUUUUCCGAACAAUGACUUUCACUCGGUCUACGCCCAACAAUGUUGCUGCCGGUGUUUCAUCGGCUAAUCAAGCGCUCAAAAACUCAAAUCAAACUACAUCUACUAGUCCUGAAGAGGCAAGGCCUGAUCUUGCUGAGGCUGAUAUGAUCGUAUUUAAUGGCGAUUUUAAUUAUCGCCUAUUCGGCAUAAGUUAUGAUGAGACUCGGGACUUGGUCUCUCAGCGAAGCUUUGAUUGGCUUCGCGAGAAAGAUCAGCUACGAGCAGAGAUGAAGGCCGGUAAAGUUUUCCAAGGGAUGCGCGAGGCCAUCGUUAGGUUUCCUCCCACUUACAAGUUUGAGAUAGGAAAACCGGGUUUAGGAGGGUAUGACUCUGGUGAGAAGAAACGAAUCCCGGCAUGGUGCGACAGAGUUCUGUAUCGCGAUAACAAAGCAGGUAUGGCGAAAGAAUGCAGCUUAGAUUGCCCCGUGAUCGCCUACAUAUCACAGUACGACGCCUGUAUGGAUGUGAUUGAGAGUGAUCACAAGCCGGUUCGUUGCAAGCUCUGCCUCGACAUUGCUCAUGUUGAUAAAACAAUUAGGAGACAGGAGUUUGCAAAGAUCCUCACGACCAACGAAGAGAUAAGGUCGAGCAUCGAGGCGCUUCGUUUCGUCCCCGAGACGGUAGUCAGCACGAACAGCAUCGAGCUCCAGAACCAGGACACGUCCAACUUGAAAAUCACCAAUCGAAGUGCUGCAGAGUUCGUGUUUUACAAAAUUGUGUGCGUGAGGCUAUGCACCAUCAAGGAUGACGUAAAAGAGCCCGAGUACCGGCCACGCGGAUCGUUCGGUUUCCCCCGUUGGCUCGAGGUGACACCGGGGGCGGGCCUGAUUCGACCGGACCAAGUGGUGGACGUAUCGGUGCAUCACGAGGAGUUCCAUAAGUUGGAGGAUUUGGUUGAUGGAGUUCCACAAAGCUGGUGGGCUGAAGACACCAGGGACAAGGAGCUGAUCUUGGUGGUGGUGGUGCAAGGGAGUUGCUCGACCGAUGUUAAAACGCACCAUGUCACUGUCCGACACCGCUUCAACGGGAACACGAUUCGGAUAGAUGCCAAAACACAAGAAGACAACUCGCACCACAAAUUCAUCCGACAAACCUCAACUUGA